AUGGUGCCUGCUGAUGGACCUCAGUUGGUAUCCUUGCCUCCGGUAGGAAGACACACCGAUGCUUUGGAGAAAACAUUCCCUGCCCGAAACAUUCCAUCACGUGAGGAUAAGCCUAAUGAUGCGAGGGUGCGGAAAAACAGCCUCAACAACACACCUGAGACCAAGAAACCCAAACUUGACGUCCCUGUAAAAUCUGAGGAUGCGGAUAUGCAGGUCCCCACAGCCAAUGGAGAUGUUACACCGGGCGCUUCCAUCGAAGAUAGCUUUGAGAGCCCUAGGGACGUUGAGAUUCCCUGCUCCCCUUCCUUCAAUCCUGCUAGGGAUAUCCCCCACUUUGAUAUCUCUGAUGAAGAAGGGCAUGACACUCAGAGAGAUGCGGAUGAUGAAGCUGCUGAGGACGAACUCAACCGAAUUGAGGACCUAAUCCGGUCAGCAGUGGUCAGCAGCAACCGAUUCAACCAGGCGCAGGCAUUUCACGCUGGGCCUUUCCUGAGCCUGCAAACCAGCCACUUACUGGCUGAUCGUCAACAUCAGGACAUUUUGGCUUUCGGUGCUGAAGUGCAGAUGCAGGAAAAGCGCCUCAAAGACUUGGAACACAAGAUCACUGAACAUGAUGUCGAGGCAAAGAUCCGAGCACUUGAGCGCAAGAUUCUUGAAUUGCAGGAAACAGGAGGCGGUGAAGGCGAUAGGUCUCCAGUACGCACUGGCCUCGGCACACGCCAUCGCUCCCCGUCCCCUAGGUCCCCUCGCUUUCAGAAUCAUCGGAACGGUGAUGCAUCGCCACAAAACUUUGAUGGCGAAGAUCUCGACAUUGUCGUGGGCGGAUGGAAUGAUGCCCGCAAGAGUGAUGCAAUUGAUGAAACAAAGAACAUCUUUAAAGCAGUUCAAUGUGAGCAUGUAAUCGCAGAUGUCUUUGUCCCAUUCAGUAGGACUACAUUUGCGAAAGUCAAGCUUACCUUUCCCCAGCCUGAGGCCCACAUUUCUAUUCGCAGACAAUUCCAGUUCAACAUUCUUGACAAAUUGAGAGCGAAGAAGUUUCAGAGCGGUGUUCCAGGAAGCGUUGGUGACAAGAUCUGGGCCACGAAGAGCAAAACUCCCGAAGAACGCGCGAAGACGAGAGCAAUCGUUCUAACCAAGACUUUCUAUCAGCAGCUCUCACCUGGACUUGGAAAGCCUUGCUUCAACGAAUCGGACAUUGAGAUCUCUUGGAAUGGCAAGGUUUACAUUGACAACUUUCAGUUGCUGGGGUCGGUUUAUAGGGAUGGAGAACCCGAGGCAGACGAUGUUUGUAUUGAAGAUGCAAAAGGCAACCAUAUGAAUUGGUACAUUAAAGCCAAGGUUUUUCAUCAGGUGACGGGCAGACCGGUCGAAGAUCUACAGGAACUCUGGUUGUCACAGGGGCCCACAUCUGCUCAUGUGCGGGGCAAGGGCUUUGAGGACAUUCGCACGGCGUGGCCCACCUUAAACAUGGAAGGCUUCGAUGUGAUUGGUCUUCAAGAAUUGGGCAACCAGUUUUGGUGGCUGAUGUAUGAGCCCAACUGGAAGGCCUUUGCUACUCUCACUGUGAUUUUGCUGGGAGUGGUCUACAGCUUUUCUCUUUCGCUGCGCAAACUUACCAGUCAGCUGCGAAUGAUUGGGGAAUUGACAGAGGAGGUGGCUGGGCUCCGAGCUGGAUUAGCUCAGGCACAGGCCCCUCCUCAAGGUUCCUUCCUGCCAUUGCCUGCUGGACCGACGGUUGACCUUGAACCUUUGAUGGCGUCUCUCAAUAAGAGUGUUGCCUCCAUGGAGAACACUCUUCAUGAACUCCAAGCUGAGAUCAAAGUGACUACAUACAAGCAAGACCUACAGGACUUGCUACAGCAUGUGGAAGCAGCAAAGGCAAGCCUUGAGCAACUGGCAGAUCCCGUCACCAAAUCUUGUGACCGCAUCACGGAGCUGCAUGAAUCAUACAAGAAAAAUCACCUCUCGGAGAUGAUGAAGAUGCUUGCAAGCAAAGUAGAGUCCACCGACAUAGAUGAGCUCAAAAAGCUGGUGCAAGGAGAACUACUGAAGAUGAUGCAGCAGUUCGCAGCGGCUGAGACGAUACAGAUAAAGGCGGUUCAGGACAAGGCCAUCGCCCUCGAAACAGGGAUUGAUCGAAGUCUCAAUCUUCACAAGACGCUUUCCAACGAGCUCCACGUGUGCAAGACAGUGCUUGAGAGCAAGAUUGAUAAAAUCGCCAAAGACCUCAAGGACCAUCAGGGUUGGUGCAUGUCUAGCUUCCGGCCUCUUUUUCCAUUGGUGCCGACGCUGAAGUACAUCGGCGACUCCACCAAGGAUGCCAUGGGCUACCAUGUGUCGCACAAUCAGCAGCUGCAACACCUGGAACAGAUGAAUGCACACCUCGAGCAGCUCAACACCGAGCUUCGCACGACAGUGAACAGUCUCUGGGAUAUGGUGGAAAGCCUGGAGGCCAGAAUGGGUCGUGUGGAGUCGACCUCCAUGGGGGCCCUCGAUGCUAUAAAUGAACAAAGCGAACAAGUGCAGGUGAUCCACAAAGAAACACCACAGAUGUUGCAACAAGUGCUGGAAAGACUGCCGAAACUUCCAUUGCGAAAGCCGCCAGUGGAGACACCGACACCGGCUCCAGCGCAAUCAUCCGCUGAUCCUCCUGGACCCUCGCAGCACCACCAGCCGCCAGUCACGACGCAUACUCCGCCAGCGCAGACGAUCGAGUUGAGGCUUGCGGGGGAGCACAUGCCAGUCCCAUUGCCAAACCGGCAGCAUACAGGUCCGAUCUAUAUGGUUCAACCGCCCCAGCAGAUGCCCCAGGCAUCGCAAGGGCCCACCGUCGUACAGUUGACACAGGAGGAACUCCUCAAAGCUUUCUUUCGACCGCCGCCCUGA